AUGAGCGGGGGGAUUGACAUCUCCAAAAAAUGUGAUAAAUUUUGUCAGGAAAAUGAAGAUAUAGUUGUAGAGCGUGGAUUUGUAGGUGACCUUUCGGAAUAUGGCUAUAUCACUCAUAAAGGUAUAAAUGAAGCCCCUAUAGGUCCAAUCAGAUUUGGAGAACAACCCAUCCAAACUGAUGAUGGGAGUCCCCAAGAAGUAACUAUUUAUUACUAUCGCGAAUAUGAUAACGAUCCGAAAACAAUUAAAAAGCCCCUUUUCCUGAGGGCAAAAUACAGAGAACUGUAUCAUCUGUAUGAACAUACCAGCACUGGGGAUAGCAUAAAGUGGCAUGAUAUUACUUUUGCUGGUGAGAUUCCACAAAUCCCAGUGGGAAAUCAAACAAAUCCUCAACUUACGAAGAAGUUAAAGAGUCAAGCAUGCAAACUUUACAAUCUUCAUUCUGUUAAUAUUUACAAGAAAAAUACCUAUGAAUGUGCAUGCGGUGAGGCCAAGGUUACUGUUGAACCAGAAGGUAGUAUUCCUGGAUAUAAAACGUACAAACAUUCGUACAGUACGAAUGCAAACUCCGUCAAAUACAGGAGUGUUGAUCUGUUAUGGAAAGACAAUGAUGAUCAACCCAUUACACUUGAUGCUGAUCAAACUCCCAAUCUCUAUGCGUACUACUGGGAUGAGGAUACCGAUCACAGAAAACCCCUUAUUAUGGAAGUAUAUGUUGGAGGUACGGGCUAUGCGGGUACGCCAAUUUCUCUAGGUAAUGACGGAAAGGAAGGGCACAGUGAGUGGAGUAUGAUAGACCUAGGAUCUGUAUCUGUAGAGACGCUCCAUGAACAAAAAUGCAAACUUUUCAGCCCACUUGUCAUAAAUGUCUCAGCAAAAUAUGGAGAAUCUUAUCCAAAUGAGUAUUGCAAAGAUAGAGACUGUAAGAAUGGAUCUCCCAAGGAUAUAAAUGUUACCGGUUAUGAUGGAGUAAAACUAGAGGGAUUUACUGCCUUUAGGCACACCUAUGGCGAGAAAGGAGGUAAUAAUACUUUUGCCGUAACUGGUUUCACUAAUGGACCUGGUGAAGAUCUGGCGGGAUUCUUUCCAAUAUGGGACGUUAAAGAUGUAGUGGUCUUCUUUGCAAAGUGUCAGAAAGAUGCUAACGGAGUUACCAAAACACCUCUCCUUGUCUAUGUUGAGAGUGAUGGUGGGAAGACUCAUAGGUGGUAUAGGAGUGAGAAUGGUGGUAAGUGGGAAAAAGAGGGUAGACUAAAAGAUAAGGAUCCAAGGGAAGCUGGUAUUCUUGAAACUACUCUGAAUGGUAUUAAAAAGAGACUACAACUUAAGUGUCCAGAAGAUAUAGCGAGAGAAAAACAACGAGCUGAAGAAGAAAGGAUGAAAAAGGAAGAACAGGAAAGAGUACAGAAGGAACGGGAGGCUAGAGAAAAACUAUUGGGUCUUGCCUCUACACUUGGAGAAGUAUCUGGAAAAGCUCUUGGUCAUGGACUAGUUAUAGCUGGUGCACUUGGUACAGUUGGAUUAGAACUAGCCCAUAGCCUGGCUGACAAGGUUCUUUGUACCACUAGCGCUUAUGGUAAAGAUGAAGGUAGAGGAUCUGAAGACCGAGAAACUGAGGAAGAGGAGGAAAAUUGUGCUGAAGACUCAGGCCUUGUUAAUGAUACUGGUGAAACUAGGGUCUAUGAAGAAGGUCAACAAACAGCUUCUCAAAAUUCUCCCUCUACAUCUCUUGAAGAAAAGGCUGAUGAUGUUCCAUCUGAUCAUACUACUUUUCAAACUCCUCUUCAACAACCUGGUCAAGCUCCUACUGUCUCUCUACCUCAAGCUUCUGCUCCCAUUACUCUAGACCCUCAACAACAUGCUGAUACUGUCUCAUCUGGCCAAGAUAAUUCUAGUGCUCAAGGUGGACCUGGAGAACAAGGCUCUGGUACUACUCAAACUGGUGCUGAAGGAUCUGCUCCUCCUCCUGCCCCUCCUGAAACUAAUCCUCCUCUUCAACCUGAAGCUGCUUCUGACCAACUUACUGCUGAACCUCUUGUUGCUGGAGGUCUUGCUACUGGUCUUGGCAUAUGGUCCAUCUCUGGUAUAUCAUCGGGUACCCUUACCGGAGCUGGCGCAACCUUUUUUGGAGGAUUCAAACUUUAUAAUCGCUAUAAAGGAGACCCCUGGGUUAGACAGAUUUAA